GUGGAGCAGGGCAGGCUCAGGAAACGUCCAGAGACCUCAGGGUGCAACAGGUGGAAUCAGCAGGCAGCGCGUAAAUCCUCCAGGCGAACAGGUACAGCUGGAGAAAACGGAGAAGAAGAGCCCAGACAGCACGCGGAAACUUGUAAAGCCAGGACACAUUACGGUAAAAUUUGAAUCGCGCUUGAUCCGCCUUCCACUGUGGGACCGAGGCAGAGCAGCAGUGAAGCGGAUGCACCUGGUCCACACAUACGAAGAGGAGAGCAGAGGAGACAUGACGAAGCCCAGGUCUUGGAUGCUGUCCAUUGAAGGACAGGUGGUGAUGGGACCACAGGAGGGUUUCAUCAAUGGGAUAGCCGCGGUUUUUGCAAGCUACUACAGCUUCAGUCUGCAGUAUCCGGAGGAUAGCUCAGGCACUUUGGAGUGUAUCCAGAGGUCCUGAGCUGCUUAAUCUACAUGCACACAUAUAGAUAUAUAUACCGAGAGAGGGGGAGGACAGAAAAGACACCACAAAUUGAGCAACUUCAGCUCCCUGAUUGGUCAGAGCGGAGGGACUGAAGAAACAAGCAGUGAACCAGCAGUCGAAUCGUUUUCUCUGUCAGCAUCAACACUCAGGAUGAAUAUCCUCCAUGUUCUGUUCUUCUGCUUCUUGUCAGCACUGUGUGGUGGAAAGUCUGGGCUCGUCAGGGCACAAGUCAACAUUUACACAGGAGCUGCAGGAGGAAACGGUUCCAUUAACUGCCACCUGACUCCAACUGGAAGCUGGAAGUUCUUCUGUAAGGGUGAAUGUAAAGGAAAAGACAUUCUCAUUAAAACAAAUCGUGUUCGAGCAAACAAGGGCAGAUACAGCGUUAAAUACAAAAAGGGAAAUUCAGGAAAAGGAAUUCUGUCUGUUACAAUCACACGUCUGAGCCCGUCUGACUCAGGACGGUACAGGUGUGGUUUGGGUGGAUCUGGGGCUCCAGGUGUUCACACAGACUUUGAGAUCAGAGUUUCAAACGAACUGGAGAGAAAGUCCGGUUUUAUCCGUACGGAAGUUGAAGGAGGAGAAAUCACAUACGGCUGCAAGGGUACGGUCCACGGGAGCAGGAAGUUCUUCUGUAGGAACAAAUGCCAAAAAGAAGAGGACGUUCUCAUUGACACAUACGAUGUCAAAGCUCAAAGAGGCAGAUACAGCAUCAAAUAUAGGCACAGAUCUGUAUAUGGACUGUAUGUGACCAUCACACAGGUCACAGUGUCGGACUCAGGAUGGUACAGAUGUGGUUACGGCAGACCUUCGUCUCCAGAUUCAGUCUUUAAAUUUGAGAUCCUUAUUAUUGACGCCUCGUCCUUCACACCACCACCAACACAAGGUUUAACCUCCAUGUCAGGAAGCUGCACUUCAUCAGAUUUUUGUGAAACCACCGUGCAGCUUAUAGAGGUCUCCUCUCUUGCUGGAUGUUUACUUCUGGCUGUUCUGCUGUUGUUUGUUCUGCUGCUUUACUUCAAACUGAUGCCGAAGCAGAGCUCUGACGUCAGGAACAUAGAGUGCAUCACCUAUGAGAACUGCCCUUCAGUCCCCGCAGGGGAAGACUCCAACUACCAGGGCCUCGAAGCAGCCAGCAGGGACCCAGACUCUGUGUACGAGAGCGUCGAUCCAGCAGGGAUCAGCACCAAACCUCCUGUGCACAACACACGCGAGGCUGUCUGAACUCAGGCCUGGAUUCUGUCUCUGUGCAGGUUCACAUUCUUCAAGAUUGUGUUCUGUGGUUUUGCAGUUUGCGUUUGUAGAUUUUACCUAUAAACAUGAUAUUUUUUCACCUCUAUACUCAUGAUACAGAAGAUGAUCUUUGUGUAUUAUACAUCAUUAUUAUGAUUAAAUAUCAUUAUAUCUGCCAGCUGAACAGUUUGUCAGAGCAGCGACAGGGUCUCCUGAAAGCAGAGCAACACUGUGUUUUGUUGUUUUACUUCAGUUUUACUUUGCUUUCUCUACAUUUGGGAAACGUUGCCUCUCUGGAGAGCAACAGCUGCUCAAAGUCAGUCAGGCCGUGUGGUUAAAUAUGGUACUGCGCUCCUCAUCAGGCCAGCGGCGCUCUCGUUUUGCACUGAUCAAAUCAAAGCAACAUGAUAACAUCAUUCAGCUAAGCAGCUCCUACCAUUAGCUAAUUAUUUGCUUAAUCAUAGUGAAGUGUUACUGAUGAUGUCAGCAACUUUUA